AAUGAUGGAAUCCUUCAUUUGUGAAGAGACCAUCAGUAAUGCCAAAACUGUAUCGGGGACCGUCUCUAAAAUAUUGGAAUCAAUGGCCACUCAGUACCACACUCAACUGAGGGCAAACCAAGACAUUCAGUAUAAAGUAACUGUGUUCGACCUUCGCACAGUUCCUGACAUAAAGCUCUGAGAUUAUAUCCUCAGAAUUAUGAAUAUGUCAAAGUGUGUUUAUAGAGAUCUCCUAGCAGCUCUUGUCUAUGUGGAUACUCUGAUUAAUAACGGAGCCAUUGGCGGGAUUUCUUUCCAUAAUGUCCAUAGACUUGUAGCACUCUCUAUAAUGAUCUCCACUAAAUUCUUCGAUGAUGUACACUAUUCAAAUGCUUCUUGGUCGAAGAUUGUCGGAAUCCCCUUGAGGGAACUCAAUAAUGCAGAAAUGAUUUUCUUACAAUCUCUUGGAUAUAACGUCAAUAUUCAAGGAGAAACACUGCAUAUGUGGUCCGAGUGGAUUUCACGCUUUGCUGACGAAAACCCGAUCCAGGAAAGAGAUCCUAAACACAUCACUGAACAGAGUGCACAGAAUCUCAGUGAAGAGGAGAAUCAAACUGAAUCUUGUGAUUCAGCUAUCACCUUGUAAAUAACUUGUACGGGAGAAUUUUGAGGAAGGAGAGGCCAUCUCCACUUUGUAACCUCUGACUAGGUUUAUUACUUAGUCACGUUAAUCAGAGAUUUUCGGAUUUCUUUUCCACCAAAAUUCUUCGAGAAUUAGGAUGCUCUGCUAGAGCAAUACUGAUUUACUACUUAAAGUAAUGAGUGCAUUGCUUGUCCGAGUGACUCGCACGAGAUACGGACCUGACGCAUCUCCGUAACGGCAGGUAAUUGGAGUGCUGAAUUACGUCUGAGUCUUCAUAAGCGUUUCACUUUAAGAAUGUAUUUUUAUUACUUUAACCAUAAUUUAAAAACUCAUCCUUUCAAAAAUCCUUGGCUGU